CUUCUAUGCAUACUUGCAUAUUCCAUAAACCCUAAUGCGGAAAGUCUUACAGAAAAACCCGAAACAUUUGUUGGGUUUUCAUCAAAAUGCCAUCCACGGAUCCAGAUCUUCGUCUCCUAAACCCUAUUCCACCACGCAGAAUCAACACUUGCUCAACGAAAUCAGACACAUUCUUCAAUCAGACAACUGGGCAGACAUCUUACCCCUCUCAAACGUACCCAAAAAGCUGAACCCACAUGUAAUUCGAUCUUUGCUUCAAGAAAACCAGGUGGGUAUUCAAUCAAAUCCCCAAUUAUUGCCUCUUUUAGCCAUUACUCUCUGCAACUCUAACUUGUAUGGAUGUGCUAGUCUUAUAAUUGAUGCAAUGAUUGCAAUUGGUUCCUCUCCUAUCUCGAUUUCGGGUUCUAUUGUUAGUUGUUAUAAUGAAAAUUUCGAUCCUCACACUAACUUGAAUCCCACAGUUUUUGAGGUGGUUGUGGAUAGGUUUAGAAUAAAGGGUUUAUUAGAUGAAGCUGCUGAAAUCCUUCUAAGUGAUCUCCAAAUUGUUCCUAGUCCUCUAUCUUUCAAUUCGUUAUUAAAAGAUUUGCUUAAUGGUAACAAGUUUGAUCUUUUCUGGGAUGUAUGCAAAGCGAUGUCGAAAAAAGUCGGUUUCUUUGAUGUUUAUGCCUAUGGUCUUAUGAUAAAAGCUCAUUGUGUGGUGGGAAAUCUUGAUGAGGCAAAAGGGGUGUUUGUAAAGAUGGGUGAGGAAGGGUGUGAGCCGAGUUUGGUCACGUAUAACGUGAUGAUCAGUGGUUUUUGUAAAAAGGGUCGUCUUGAUGAAGCUAUCGAGAUCAAGAAACGUAUGAUUGAUAAAGGGUUAGUGCCGAAUGUGUUCAUAUAUACUACACUAAUUGAUGGAUUCUUCAUAAUGAAGAGAUCAGAAGAGGCAAAAAUGGUAUUGAAGGAGAUGAGGGAUGCGGGCGUGGAGCCAAAUGUGGUGACUUAUAAUGCGUUGGUUAACGGGUUUGUAUCACGACGUGAUAUGGAAUCGGCAAUGGGAAUUAAGGAUGAGAUGGUCGCUAGUCAAAUUGGUGCGAAUUUGGUUGUUUACAAUACGCUUCUUCACGGGCUAUGUAAGGAGCAUAUGAUUGAUAGAGCUCGUGAGUUAACGAAUGAGAUGUCGAGUAUGGGGUUAAAACCGGAUUUUAGAACUUUCACAGUGUUGAUUCAGGGUUACUGUAAAGAUCAGAGAUUGAUUGAUGCGUUUGAAGUUCUUGAAGAUAUGAAGAAGCUUGAUUUGGAGCCGAAUGUGAGAACUUACGGUCUUUUGAUCAUUGGAUUGUGCAGAACCGGAGAUCUUGAAAAGGCGGACGCCCUUCUUUUAGAAACGAGCUUGAAGAAUCUUAAACUAGAUCAAAUAGUUUACGAGACCCUUUUGAGUUAUUGUUCAAAGGAAUGUGAUUCAGUAAAGUCGAAAAGAGUUUUGGAGGUGAUGAAGGAGCAGGGGAUAACGCUGAAUGAGGUUUAUUACGGCAGCCUCAUAGGAAGGCUUUGUGGAGUUGGGAAAAUGGAUGAAGCGAGAUCGUUCAUGAAUGAAAUGAUCGAGAGAGGUUUGGUGCCAAAUGCACACAUAUAUGAAUCAUUCAUCAAUGAAUAUUGCAGGUUAAGGGAAAUGAAGGUUGCGAAUAAGUAUUUCUACACAAUGCUAGGUCGUGGUUUAAUACCACAAUUUGCGUCUUUUGCGGUUUUAAUCGAGGAAAACUGCAGAAGUGGUAACGUAGCCGAUGUGUUUUUGAUUUUGAGAUGUACGCUUUCCCGAAAGGUUUUUUCCGAUAUUCGAGUGUAUAAAGUGGUUCUUGAUGGUCUCAUGAAGUUUGGAAGACUUGAAGAGGCCUCUGGGCUCAUGGUUGAACUCCACGAGAAGGGUUUCGUUCUCGAAUGUGGCUCGAUCGUAUUGAGUUUGUGCAAGAAAGGAAAGGUGGAAGAAGCUUGUACGCUUGUCGAAAAUUGCGGAUUUACGCCUAGCGUACUUACGUACAACGUCUUGAUAAAGGGUUUUUUCAAGAUCGGUGAUGCCACUAGAGCGAAGGAAUUGUUUGAUGAAAUUAAGGAAAAGGGUUUGAGCCCAAACGAUGUCACGUAUGGCACAAUGAUCAUCGGGCUAUGCAAGUUCAAGGAUUUAACUGCAGCGUGUGCGGUAUCAGAUGAAAUGAUACGGAACGAUGUAUCGCCGAACCGGUUUCUGUAUACUGCUCUUGUCGAUUGUUGUCACAAGAUUGGGGAUUCGGAAAAAGCUAACGAGCUGAGUCGACAAAUGAUCGAGAAGGGUUUUGCGUUGACUUCGUUCUCCGAUGCGUUGACUACUAACGAGCAAGAACCCGAAAGAAGCCAAGUGGGAAUGUAAUGGUGGAAACAAGAUAGUUCUUUUCAGUUUUCAACAACCUUGUUUCAAUCUGAAUGGGUCAGAACCAGACAGGUCGGCAUACAUCUCAACUAAGACGUUAUUUUCGAGUGGGAUAUACUGGGUUCGUUUGGUUUUGAGCCCGAAAAGCAUUGGGCCCGAAGCAAACACACGACGCUUUCUUACAAGUGUUUGGUUUGACUUUAAUUUGAUGACUAUUUGAGUCUAUUUAGGUCAAACAAAAAAGGGUCAUUACAGUUUUGUAGAUUCAUUCAUGGCAGUAGCCAAAAUAAUGAUGAUAGAAGUGUUUCAUACGAUCAUCGUAUUAUGGUUCUUCCAGCGUCCAAUACAUUUCAAGAAGCAUAUCAACGGUUGCAUCUGCCAACCACGGCUAUAUGUACACAUGGCCGUUCCUGGGAGGGUGGGCCAAGCGACGUCAGGGCCCACAAAAAACAGGGG